GUGUGCAUGCAGUACCUGAAGGACACCAACAUGCUGUUUGUGGGGGGGCUCAUGGUGGCCGUGGCCGUGGAGCACUGGAACCUCCACAAACGCAUUGCGCUGCGAGUCCUGCUGGUGGUUGGCGUCCGACCCGCCCUGUUGAUGCUGGGCUUCAUGGGGGUGACCGCCUUUCUGUCCAUGUGGAUCAGCAACACAGCCACCACUGCUAUGAUGGUUCCGAUCGUCCAGGCCGUACUGGAACAGCUCCAUGGCGAUGUGGACCCCAAACCCUCCAAAACCCAGGAAGGAAGUGACGACCCACACCGAGAACAUCAGGAGAAAACCACUGCUUUUAACCAUCUUGAGACCGGUCUGAACAAGGAAACCACACAAGGCAACCCAGAAAAAUCCAGCGACUCGUGCUCCUCCGAGGCUCAGACCGACCAGCAAGGGAUCAUCAAACCAACACUACGAGACAAACCUCCAUCAGACAGCAUCAACAGCGGACAAGACGUCUGCUGUCAGAUGGUUUUGGAGGAGCUGAGGGACGAAGAGGACAGGAGGAAGUUGAAUAAAGGACUCUUGCUGUGCGUCUGCUACUCCGCCAGCAUCGGCGGCAUCGCAACGCUGACCGGCACCGGACCCAACCUGGUUCUGAUGGGACAGAUGAGCCAGCUCUUCCCUCGGAACGGCGACGUGAUCAACUUUGCCUCCUGGUUUGCCUUCGCCUUCCCCACGAUGAUGCUGACGCUGCUGCUGGCCUGGUUCUGGCUGCAGUUCCUCUACGUCGGCUGCAACCUGCGGAGGACGUGGGGCUGCCGGGCACCGCAGACGGAGAAGGAGCGAGCGGCGCUUGGGGCGAUCCAAGACGAGCACCUGCGCCUGGGGCCGGUAACGUACGGCGAGGUCAGCGUCCUAGCACUGCUCGUCCUCAUGGUGCUGCUGUGGUUCACCAGAGACCCGCGCUUCAUGGACGGCUGGUCCACCCACCUCUUCAACGCCAAGGCUGAGUUCGUAACUGACGCGACCGUCGCUUUGUUUGUUGCUGUUCUGCUCUUUGUUCUCCCUUCAAAGCCCCCGCACUACCUCUGCUUCUGGAGGAGCUCUGACACAGAGUCCCAGGUGUCACAAGGCCCCACCCCUGCGCUGCUCACCUGGCAGGUGACUCAGAAGAAGAUGCCCUGGAGCAUCGUGCUGCUGCUCGGAGGCGGCUUCGCACUGGCUAAAGGCAGCGAGGAGUCCGGUCUGUCCCGCUGGCUCGGUGCUCAAAUGACCCCCCUUCACUCCAUCCCGCCGUGGGCCAUCGCCGUCGUCCUCUGCCUCCUCGUCGCCACCUUCACAGAGUGUGCCAGCAACGUCGCCACGGCAACACUCUUCCUGCCCAUCCUGGCAUCCAUGUCCCAAUCGAUCGGCUUGAACCCUUUAUACGUGAUGAUCCCCUGCACCCUCAGCGCCUCCUUCGCCUUCAUGUUGCCCGUGGCCACACCCCCAAACGCCAUUGUCUUCUCUUAUGGUUUCCUCAAAGUGUCCGACAUGGCCAGAACCGGCGUAGUGAUGAACGUCAUCGGAGUCGGCUGCAUCACUCUCGCCAUCAACAGCUGGGGUCACGUGAUCUUCGGCCUGGACUCGUUCCCCGCCUGGGCCAACGCCACCUCGCCCGUGUAGCGAGCCGUGCGACCUGUUGCCUCAGCCUCGGGUUCGGGGUUCCGGGUGCUUCUUUAUUUUCAUACCUCAGCUCGUGGCAGAUGGUUGUGGUUCUGAGCCUCACCAGAACCACAACUUUGACUUUACAUGUGGAGCUUCUCGCUGCUGAUGUUUUGGUGUCUGCUCCUACCUUCUUCAUAGGGUUUUUUAAAAUUCAUUCUAUGCCACAAGCAGGUUUUUCAAAAUAAAAGCUCUGAAUUUAGAACGGGAGGGAUUUUUUAUCUGAGCUGGUUGAAGAGCUUUUUCUUGAAACGAUUGUGAUUACAGUAUUAGACCGAAGAUAUUUAAUUGGCAAUACGGAAUCAAUGCUGUGAAUAAAUACUACUGACUCUGUGAAAAAUGCAACAUUUUGAGUUUAAAAGAAAACAGGAUGAAAUAUAAUUAAAAUAUAGUAAUGAAACAAUGGCAAUGCAGAGUUAUGUCUGACUUGGCGCUAAAACCUUGAAACGGUACUCAAACUAAGGAACAGACUCUUUUAUUCAGUAUCUCUAACUUACAGAUGUCAUUUCUAUUUUAAGAUGUUAAAUCAGUGUACAAACUCUUGAUGCAUUAAUAAUUAGAAAAUAUAUUAGUAGGUCUAUUUUUUUGGAGUUUCUACAUAUUAAUGUGUGAGUGAAUGCUAACUGUACACAUUUGAACCUACAGAGUUUUGUAUCUUGUUAUUUGGUGUUAAAAAAUAAAAUUGUUUGUGACAACAAA